AUGACAAAGAGAUGCCUGUUGGCCUAUAGCGCAUUUCAAUGGCCUGUCUUACGUCCAACCUGUUUUCCCUACCCAGCCGAUCAAUGUUCCUCCCGUCGAAAGAGACCCCAAUCCGGCGCAACGCAAGGAAUCCGGAACUUCAGCUCUCAUGGAUUUCGCGAGGUAGAGGAAAAAACUGAUACCGAGGCCAAUUUUACAAGCACUCUACCCCCGCAAAAGCUUUCCAGCUCCCUUUCGCCAUCCACCGGCAUAUCACUUGAAAAAGGUGCUGCAUCCGACACCCCCAAACAGCCUACUACGGCCUCCAACACUUCCUCUCCCAACCACACUCCAGAUACCCACGAGCACGAACCCCUUCCGCCCCGCGAGACAACAGUCGUCCAGUCGCCUGUCCUCCUCCGUAGAGCAGCGCGCGCGAAACUCCAUGAGAAACUUCCCCGCAAAACGGACUUUGACCCUCUCCGCCGCAACCCAUGGGCUCAGAUCCUCGCAAGCCCGCUGCGAAUGUGCUCUGCAACGAACGCGCGGCUACCGGCUAAGCUACUUGGGGAUUUCAGCCUGGUGGAGCAUCCACAAACAGGGCAUCCAUGGAUGAUGCCUGUAGACUUGUUGAAAGAUGAGAUUUGGCAAAUGAGGAUGCAAGCUGAAGAGAACAACGAUGCUGACGGUGGUUGUAAAGAAGGGAAAACCCAAAAUGGGCAGUCAGAUGGGGUACAGACAGCUGCUACACCUGUUCGAAGACGGAGACUUCCGCCCCUCCCAAAGAUUCGUCUCGUGAACAAUUCCGCAGUGCUGUCCCGGAUAGUAGACAUGCAAAAUAUACAGGCCACCCGCUACCUAUUGCCCUAUAGAUGGAAGCAUCCUCACGGGCGUUUGACCAAAAAAGAAAGUGAGAAUAUCGUAUGGCGGAAAGACUUACCACAGUACGUCCUCACUCAUAUGAGGAAGAAUGUAGUAAGAGGAAUCAAACAUUGCUGUGUGGCUGGAAAGGACCAUCGGUGGAACGCAAUGGACUUGGAUCCAAAGUCUACGGUGGUAGAUGGCCUAAAAUCUGCAUUGCAGUCAUUUGGGGACUUGGCGAAUAUAAAAUGUGGUGCCGUCUUGCUCCUUAAGCGUUUCCCAGAAACGGAAAACGGGGGCAGUCCAUCUAUCCCAGAACGAGUGAGAAUCCCGCCGCUGGGAACCGAAAUCCCCGUAUUUUUUUUGCCGAAACUCCUCACAGUUGAGAAUCUGCAGGAGCUUCGAGAGCAUCAUGAGUUCUUCACGAGAGACGCGCUGCUGUUUAGGCCUGCGGGUGAUAAGACCAUUUAUACCAUACAGGGUCUCUGGAAAUUACAGUCAUACAUGACAAAUGGACUUUAUGAACAAACAUCCCAGUGGUAA